AAUAUAUGAACAGUUUGUCAGACCCAUACCACCUCUGUCUCUCUCUCUCUCUCUAACAAUCCCAAGUCUCUCUGUUCUCUCUAAAAAUUAAAGAACUCUCCCCCCCGUCUCUCUCUUACAAGUUACAAAGCUCCUCCUUUCUCUCACUUGGCGACUGUCAAAAUCUCGCUUACUAUUCCCUCCCUAUGUACAACUCAUUUCACUUUCUCUCUCUACAACACCCAUUCUCUGUCUCUUUCCCUGUCUGGGGUAUCUCCUAUCGUUUUCACGAAAGAAACCCUCCUGAAGUUCAUGUGAAAAAUUGCAGACACAGAGAGAGACAGAGAUUUCAUGACGCAACCGGAUCACUUGCCUCUGAUUCAGGUGAUUCCAGUCUUCUCUAACCUCUUUGUUUUUUUCUUUUGGAGUCUCACGAUUGAACUCCACCGUUGAUUCUCUUUUCCACGUUCUCAAAUCAAUGAUCUAGGGUUAGUUCAGAGAUUGAAAAAGAUUGCAUUUUUGCUCUUAUUUGCAUGUAGACUUGUAGAGUGUUCUGUUUGUUCUCCCAUCCAUUGCUUCUUGUGAAGUGGAUUUUGAUUAUGGGCCUUUAAACCUUGAAUUUUUAUGUUUAAUUUCAUGGGUUUUGGAUUGCUGCUGGUGGGUUUUUGUAUCCUAAUGAUUUGUGUUGAAGGGAUGGUACUAGGGGAUUUUUCAGGGAUCAUCUUCUGACUUGAUGUUGUUGUUGUUGCAUGUGAAUUUGAAUGCUUUGUUUAUGGGUUUGUAAUGGGGGGAUUUUUGAUUGCUUGGAAUGGGACAAUAAUGUUGGAUUUUAGACACAUUAGUGGGAUAUCAUUGAUGGAUUUUAUUGCAAUCAUAAUGCAUAUUUGAGAAGAUUUGGGAUCAUUAUUGAUCAAGAAAAUGCAAUAUCUUCUGAUAUCUUGCCUUAAUGUUCCAAAAUUUCCUCUUCUCGGCACAUUCAUGUCCUGACCAUGACCAGGGUUGUUCGAGACCGGAUACUCAAAGAUGCAAAUGGUAACAUUAGUGAUCAUCUACAAAAUCAUAUCCACUUGACAAAUUGUAUUCACCUAAAGAACCAUAUGCAUAAACAUACUCCCAUAUUGGCCGAUAGGUCAAUUAUGAAGGACCUUGUUCUCCUUCAAAGGUCACGUUCUCUCAGAGAUCCUUCUACAAGUCCACCCUCAUGGCAUUCUCCUUCUCUUGAUUUGAUUUCUAAAAGAGGCGAAAAUGAUGUCAUGGUGAGUAGUGGGAGAAGGUCACUGGGUAUUGAGCAUCAGAGAAAUGGUAGGGGGUUUUCUGGAAGCUCACUGCUCUUAUAUAGUCUACCUAGAGAAGCGGUUACUCCCGGUGAUGUGAGUAAGCAUAAUGAUGGCAUAGCUGCUGUUAGUGACCAUUGUAGCAAGAGUAGAGUUCUGGAAUGUAGAAGAAUUAAGCGAGAAGAGUCGAGUGGAGGGAAUUUGGGAACUGAUCUUAUUGCUGACAAUGAUGAGCCUCUAAAAGAUGGUAAUGUUUUGGUCUCUGAACCAAAGGAUAAGAAAAUGAAACAAAGGGGGAUGCAUAGAGAAGAUGUUUACCUCAAGACACUCUCCAAGCAAUUGCACGAGGUUCAAAUGGAUAGUGAUGCUGUAGCAUCAUCUCACACCCAUCUUCAUGGACAGCAUACCCAAAAUGAGAAAACUGGUGAGGAAGCAGAAGGGAGCGUCCGCGAAAACUGCAGUGGACUAAAAAGAAUAAAAAGGCGCAAGUUUCGACGUGAGAGUAGAACUCAAGCUGCUAUGGCUUCCAGAGAUGCUGGGACUCGGAAUGAAAUUCCUGUUGUCUCUGAGUCAUUAGCUCAAGGUUCAACUUGCCCAAAGUAUCAGAUGGAGGAGGGAGAAGAAGAGUAUGCUGAUCAGAAUGUCACAAGGGCUCCUAGAAAUGGGUGUGGUGUCCCUUGGAAUUGGUCCAGAAUUCAUCAUAGGGGGAAAAGCUUUCUUGACAUUGCUGGGAGGAGUUUGUCUUGUGGUUUGUCUGAUCCAGACUUAAAGAAAGGUGCUCCGCUUCCUCGAGGGAGAGGUGUUUCUGAUAUGCCUGCCCUGUCUGACCGCUCAAGCUCGUUUACUAAAUCUGAUGUAGAAGCAUUGCCUUUACUAGUGGAGGGGUUUGGAUCCCAGGGGAGCACUGACAACGCCUGUUGGGUGCAUGAGUAUUCUGGGGAGUUGGGCAUUUUUGCUGAUAAUCUAUUAAAGCAUGAAAUGGAUUCUGACCUUGCUUCAGAUGCUAGAUCUGGUGAUGGACAAAAGUUUAGAGGACAUCGCAGUGGUAGGCAUCGAAACCUGACUCAGAAAUACAUGCCAAGGACCUUUCGAGAUCUGGUGGGGCAGAACUUGGUAGCACAAGCUCUUUCAAAUUCUGUUAUGAAGAGGAAGGUUGGGUUGCUUUAUGUGUUUUAUGGUCCUCAUGGCACUGGUAAAACCUCCUGCGCUCGCAUAUUUGCCAGAGCUUUGAAUUGCCAAUGUCCUGAGCAUCCUAAACCUUGUGGGUAUUGCAAUUCUUGCACUGCGCAUGACAUGGGUAAGAGUCGAAAUAUAAAGGAAAUUGCUCCUGUCAGUAAUUUUGACUUCCAUAGCAUUAUGAAUCUACUUGACAAUAUGAUUGUUUCCCAGCUUCAGUCAUACAGAGUGUUUAUUUUCAAUGAUUGUGAUACUAUGUCUCCUGAUUGCUGGAGUGCUAUAUCCAAGGUCAUUGAUCGAGCACCCAGGCAUGUGGUUUUUCUCCUUGUCAGUUCGAGUCUCAAUAUUCUGCCUCAUAUAAUCAUAUCCAGGUGCCAGAAGUUCUUUUUCCCAAAGUUGAAGGAUGCAGAUAUUAUCUAUACUUUGCAGUGGAUUGCCACCAAAGAAAAUAUAGACAUUGACCAGGAUGCUCUAAAACUUGUUGCAUCCAGAUCAGAUGGAUCUUUGAGGGAUGCUGAGAUGACUCUUGAACAGUUGAGCUUGCUAGGGCAGAGAAUCUCUGUUCCUCUGGUUCAGGAACUGGUUGGACUUAUCUCUGAUGAUAAGUUGAUAGAUCUACUUGAUUUAGCAUUAUCUGCUGACACAGUUAAUACUGUGAAGAAUUUGAGAGAGAUAUUGGAACCUGGUAUUGAGCCAUUAGCUUUGAUGUCACAACUUGCUACUAUGAUAACUGAUAUUCUUGCUGGUACCUAUGAUUUUACAAAAGAAGGGCCUAGAAAGAAGUUCUUUCGACAACAAACAUUACCUAAAGAAGAUAUGGAAAAACUGCGUCAAGCUUUGAAAACAUUAUCUGAAGCUGAAAAACAACUAAGAAUGUCAAAUGACAGAUUAACAUGGCUAACGGCUGCAAUGCUGCAACUUGCUCCUGAUCAACAGUAUAUGUUGCCUAGUUCUUCUGCCGACAGUAGUUUCAAUCAUAGUCCAUCUGUCUUAAUUAGUGCUGGUGGAAGAGAGAGACCUAGGAAAAGUAAUGUUGAGCGAGAUGCGAUGCCUAGUACUGACAGAGGAUUCUCAACAGAUGUUAGAAUAGAAAACCUUCAAGCUGGAAAUUUUAGUGAUGUUAAUCAUAAUGGUAAGAUAGAAAUAAUUAGUACAGAUAGAAAAAGAAAUGCCAGGGCUGGAACACUUCCUGAACAGACAUUUAGAGUCUCUACUGAUCUGAAUAGAAUGAGUGGCAGGCCUUUAUCAGGUAAAGUUCAUAAGGAAAUUGAAGACAUUUGGCUGGAGGUGCUUGAAAAGAUUGAAAUAAAUGGCAUAAAAGAGUUUAUGUAUCAAGAAGGAAAGCUAAUCUCUGUCAGUAUUGGUGCAGCUUCAACUGUUCAGUUGAUGUUCAAUUCGUAUGUGACAGAAUCCAAGGCAGAGAAGUAUAAGGCGCAUAUUUUACAAGCAUUUGAGUCCGUUCUUGGGUCCCCUGUAACAAUUGAAAUCAUUUGUGGGCCAAGGAAAGACGGUAUGGCUGGAACUAAUGCACCACUCAUUCUACCAGCUUCUCAGAAUUGUUCAUUUAAGAUGUAUACAAACCCAGGGUUCAUGAACACUAACAGAAUGCACAUGGCAGGAUUUGAUGAUCUAAGCAAAAGGGUUCCAAUGGAUACAGAUUGUUUAACUCAUGCUCAACUGUUGCAGUCUGACUCCCUUGGGGUGGGAACAAGUGAAAUUGUUGAAAUUAUAGCUUCUCCCAGAGAACCAAAAGGUAAUGGGCAUAUUAAUAACUGUACACAUUCUGAUAGAGGAGAUUUGGGAAGUAAUUCGGUAGGGGAAGCAGCAACUUUACUUAAAUCUUCUGUGGCCUCUCUACCAGAAAGGAAAUCAAGGGAUCAAAGUCAGAGCCAGAGCCUAGUUAGAAGCAAUAAGCCCCUUGGACAAGCCAUUCAGCUUGGAGAAGGAUGUAGACAGCCGAAUGUAUGGCCAAAACACAAAGCAGAAUCUAUUGCUGAAAAGCUCGAAAAAGAAAAUCUGAGACUGGAACCUAGAUCGAGAAGCCUGCUUUGCUGGAAAACGUCUAGAGUAUCUCACCCUAAGUUUUCACACUUGAAAAUUAGGACAAGGAAAGGAAAAACUUUGCUGAAAUUUGUCUCCUGUGGAAAGUAUCUCUCUGCCAAGUCUCCAAGGAAAUAGAAGAAAUCAUAGUAGAUGGCUCUGAAGGCUUCUGUGCAGAUCUGAUUGGACUAUUAAUAUUUACUAUUGAUUUUUACAGAAUCAAUUUAUCAGCCAAAUGCUUUUCAUUAAUAAAAAUAUGUUAGAAUAGAAGCAAUGAAACCUUCAUUUACGAACUUCCAUUCAUUUUCUUGGUAAAUUAUUUAUGUUUAAAGGCUUUUCAUCCUUCAAAUCCUUCUACUGUAAACUAUGCUGUGUUCUGUGCUUUUCUCUUUGAUUAGAACAAAGCAUACGAUUAUGACAAGUGCAUCCAUUUGUGCCUAUGAACAGUUGGCGAGACUUAUACUUGCCUACCUGGAAAGUUUCUCACUGAUAAAUCUCUUAUAUGAUACUUGAAAAUAACCUUUGAUUGCUUUAAAAGUUCAUGCAGGGCCUCAUUUGGAUUAUAGGUAUAUAUUGUUGCUCCUUUGUUCACAAAGUCAUAUCAAUCAUUUUUUUUUUUUUUCAUUUUUUUUUUUACUUUUGUUGAUAUACUUUACUGAAAAAUACGUGAUAGAAGACUGAUGAAAUUUUACAUGCUUCAGCAAUUGAGCAUGUUCUCGGUCGAUUUAAGCCUUUUCACGU